AUGCUUGAAUAUCUUGUUGACCAGGUGAGCCCCAUGAAGGCAUCCGCUUGCCUCGUGGGGAUCUUCUUCCUUGCAUGUAACAUCCGUAAGAUCCAAGUGUCUUGGGAAAUCUCUCGACUGGGCCUGAGGGCUCCACGCAUGCGGUUCUGGCUGCCAUACGCCCUCGACAAUGUUUACGCCUACGUGAUGGCAAACAGCAGAUGUGAAGAUCUCACUCACUGGCAUAAUCUUAUGGAGACUGCCCAUGGAGCGUCAACCAUUGAUCAUGUCCAAACCGCUGAACUGGAUUUUGGUAUUUCAAAUCGAGUGAUCAUCACCAAGGACCCCGAGAACAUCAGAGCUUUACUCACCGGCCAAUUUGCGGACUAUGGCAAAGGAGAGCUCUUUCAUCACGAUUGGAAAGAGUUCUUAGGCGACAGUAUCUUCGUCACGGACGGCGAACUAUGGUCUCGCUCGCGUCAACUCAUUCGGCCCAUGUUCACCAGGGACCGCAUCGUGGACACAGAACUCUUCGAGCACCACGUCCAACACCUUCUCCCCCUCCUGGCAGGGACCAAGAGCAACAAAGUCGUCGACCUAACUCCCCUGUUCCUCCGAUACACCCUAGACGCUGCCACAGCCUAUCUCUUCGGCGAAGGCACCAACAGCCUGCAGAAUCCAGCCACCAGCUUCGCCGACGCCUUCAGCUACGUACAACACCGACAGGGCGAGAUCUUUCGCUACGGGUAUGUACAUUCCUCUCAAAUCCCCUCCUGCUGCUAUCUUCUUUCCCUCCAAUCACCAACUGAGCCUAACCACCAACCCAGCCCCUUCAACCCCAUCCUCUCCCGUACCAAAUUCCGCCAAAAGCUCAAGACAAUGAACGACUUCAUGGCCCCCUUCAUCCAACGCGCCCUAUCCCUCAGCCCCGAAGAACUCGACAAGUCCCUCUCAAAGCAAGAAACAUUCAUCCACGCCCUAGCCCGCUUCACCCGAGACCCCCAAGUCAUCCGCGACCAACUAACCGCCAUCCUACUCGCCGGCCGCGACACAACCGCCACAACUCUCGCAUUCUGCUUCUUCGAAUUAUCCCGUAACCCCUCCGUAGUCAAAGCACUCAGAUCCGAAAUCGCCUCCCGACUGGGUCUAGGCCCAUCCGGCAGCAAACCCACCUACACAGACCUCAAAGAAAUGAAAUACCUCACGGCUGUGCUUAACGAAACGAUGCGCGUCUAUCCCGUCGUCCCAUUCAACGUUCGCUACGCACUAAAGAACACGACCCUCCCCCGUGGCGGUGGCGCCGAUGGCACCGGACCUGUAGGUGUUCGUGCCGACACUCGCGUGAUCUACUCGACUAUGAUGAUGCAGAGGGAUCCAGCGCAUUACCCAUCCCCUGGAAGUAAUAAGAACUAUUUCGACCCUGGAAAGUGGAUCCCCGAGAGAUGGAUGGGUGAUUGGGUGCCGAAACCGUGGUAUUUCGUCCCAUUUAAUGGUGGGCCUAGGAUCUGUUUGGGACAGCAGUUCGCGAUGAUCGAGAUGGGAUAUACCGUUGUAAGGAUCUUGCAGGUUUACGAGUCACUGACGGCUGUGCCACCAGCAGGGAAGGACAAGGUCGAGGAUCCGAUGUUGAGGUUUGAAAUCACCUUGAAUCCGGGGUGUGAGUUGAAUUGUGUUUUUGAGUGA